AACACGUUUUGACGCAAAACGUUGACGCAAUAAUCGGUACCCAAACGGUACCGAAAAGGCAACUGGCACUCAAAAGCUGCAUUCUCUGAGUGUUUUCGUAGUUUAACACAGUCAAAUGGCCGCCCACUCACAUUUCUUCAUCGCCAAUCUUUUUGUAUCUCGCUCACUCUCAAAAAUCCAAACUAAAAACAACAAAACAAAACAAAACAAAAUCAAAAUCAAAACGCUGACUCUAAAACAUUAUGAAGAUUUUUCUGAUUCUCUCAUUAGCUUCAGUCUUCUGCUUUUAUCUAAGCAAUUCCAUUGAAGACGAUGUGAUGUGCUUGAAAGGUGUGAAGAACUCGCUCUCUGACCCGGCCAACAAGCUGAGUUCAUGGACCUUCACGAACUCGUCCAACGGUACAAUCUGCAAGUUCCAAGGAGUUGGGUGCUGGAACGAUCAGGAGAACCGGCUCUUCAGCCUUGAGCUUCUGUCGAUGCAACUUUCCGGCGAGGUCCCGGAGAGUCUGAAGUAUAGCGGGAGCCUCCAAACCCUAGAUCUCUCCAACAACUCCAUCUCCGGUCCAAUCCCUUCUCAAAUCUGUAACUGGUUGCCUUAUCUCGUUUCGCUAGAUCUCUCCAGGAACGCUCUCGCCGGACCGAUCCCGCCGGAGAUCGCAGACUGUAAGUUCUUGAACAGCUUGAUUUUUAGCAACAACCACCUCUCCGGUCCGAUCCCGUACGGGCUCGGCCAGAGUCGGUUGAAGAGAUUCUCGGUCGCGAACAACGAUCUCUCCGGUUCGGUCCCGGCCGAUUUGGCGAGAUUCAACGGUUCGGACUUUGACGGCAACGAUAAACUCUCGGUGAAGCCGUUGGGUUCGAAUCGCGGUGGUCUGAGUAGCAAAAGCAUCGCCAUUAUCGUCUCCGCCGGUGUUGCUGGCGCCGCCGCGUCUUUGUUCAUAGUGUUUGUGAUUUGGUCAAGAUGUAGAUAACUUAAAAUUACCUUAUCUCAAAUCAGUUAUCAAGUCAUAAAAUUUUGUUGUUCAAUAGGCAUUGGACGAUCAUGCACAGUUGCACAUUUUUCAAACCUGGACCACCCAAAUACAAGAAACGUUAAUGA